CAGCUCCUCAAGCCUCGAAGCGCAUCACUGGCGUAGCCCCAGAUCUGAUCGAUCCUCCUGGGAAUCGGAGGCUUCCCUUCUCGAAAGCUCCCGGUCCCCGGUGUCCCAGAGGUCGACGGAUGCAGAAAGACGCCCCCAUGGACGGGGAGGACUGGCAGAUGCGCGAUGCCGCAGGAUCCAACGGUGUUGCAGGGCCCCAGCCUCCUCCAGAUCAGGGCCCCUCAGUCAACGGCACUACUUCCUCCGACGAGGAGUAUGACGAAGGCUAUGAUGAGGAAUAUGAGGACUCAGAGGACGCCACUGUCGUAUCUCAGCUGCGCCGUCGUGGUCAACUUCCAACAGGAUGUUGUUAUGAUGAUCGGAUGAAGCUGCACUGUAACGCCGACUUUACCUCUCAUCCUCACCACCCGGAGGACCCACGUCGCAUAGAGGAGAUCAUCAAGGCUUUCAAGAAAGCUGGUUUGCUCUACACAGGGCCCGAAGCCAAUGUUGCCAAAAUUGUCCAACACACCCCGACAAAGUACAUGUGGCGCAUCGCGGCCCGCGAGGCCGCCAAGGAAGAGAUUCUCCUCGCGCAUACUCCAGACCACUAUGCCUGGGUAGAGAACCUGUCGACCAUGUCCUACACCGAACUUCGUGCCCUCAGUGUCGAGCUCGACAAGGGCCGUGCCUCUCUCUACGUCGGCAGUCUUUCCUUUCCGGCAGCACUGCUGUCGUGUGGAGGCGCCAUCGACACAUGCAAGCAGGUUGUCGAAAGCAAUGUCAAGAACGCCUUCGCUGUCAUCCGGCCGCCAGGACACCAUGCCGAGUACGAUCAGUCCCUUGGAUUUUGUUUCUUCAACAACGUCCCAGUUGCUGUCAAGGUCUGCCAGCAGGAAUACCCCGAAAUCUGCCGCAAGGUCCUCGUGCUCGACUGGGACGUUCACCAUGGCAACGGCAUUCAAAACAUCUUUUACCAAGAUCCAAAUGUUCUCUACAUAUCCAUACACGUCUAUGAGAAUGGCCAGUUUUACCCCGGCCAGCCUGAAAACCCCAUGGUACCGGAUGGUGGUAUGGAGCAUUGCGGUACUGGUCCUGGUCUCGGCAAGAACAUCAACAUUGGCUGGCACGCGCAAGGCAUGGGCGACGGCGAAUACAUGGCUGCCUUCCAGAAGAUCAUCAUGCCCAUCGCAAAGGAAUUUAACCCUGAUCUCGUAGUCAUCUCGGCAGGUUUCGAUGCCGCUGACGGCGACGAGCUCGGUGGCUGCUUCGUUACGCCCCCGUGCUACGCCCACAUGACGCACAUGCUCAUGUCUCUCGCCGACGGCAAGCUUGCCGUGUGUCUCGAAGGUGGCUACAAUCUACGGGCGAUAUCAACAUCCGCCGUCGCCGUCGCCCGGACGCUCAUGGGCGAACCGCCCCCUAGAAUGGAGAUCCCCAAGAUCAACCGGGAUGCGGCGAGAGUCUUGGCCACGGUGCAAGCAUACCAAGCGCCGUACUGGGAAUGCAUGCGGCCCGGCAUCGUCAAUGUGGCUGAUAUCCAGGACCAGCAUGCGACGCGCUUGCACGACCACGUUAGACUCGGACAGCGGCAGGACCUCGCGACGCGUCACAACAUGAUCCCGCUUUACAUCCAGCGAGACGUACUUUUCAAGGCGUAUGAGAACCAAGUGCUGGUGACGCCAAACUUGCAAGAAACAGAACGUCUUCUGGUUAUUCUGCAUGACCCGCCGCAACUGGUUGCCCAACCUGAUUCUCAUGACAACCAUCUGGAGUCUCACAACGCGUGGAUUGUUGAUCCGGUCGUCGAGUACAUCGACUGGGCAGUAAGCCAGGGUUUCGGCGUCAUGGACAUCAAUGUCCCAGCCUCGUUGCCUCAAGAAGAAGACACGGAUGCUUUUAUUCCCCGCUCGCCAGAGAAGAUCAUGCAAGCCCAAUUGCAGGAGUUGGUCUGCUAUCUGUGGGACAAUUACAUCCAGCUUUACGAGAACGCUACAGAGAUCUUCUUGAUGGGUGUAGGUAAUGCCUACCUGGGAGUCAAGGUCCUCCUCAUGGGCAGAGAUUGUAAGCCGCGCAUCACAGGUGUUGUCAACUUUGUCACGGGCACGCUCCGUCCCGUCAAGUCAGACGUGGAUCCAGAUCUGUCAGCCUGGUACAAGGAGCACUCACAGGUGUACAUAGCGAGCGACCAUUUGUGCUGGAAGAGCGAGGACUUGACGCGAAAGGUGCAGAAGCGGCGAUUCGGCUCGGUCAAGCGGAGCCCGACCAACGGCCUCAGUAAGAUGAUGCAGCUCCACGCGGAAGACGUCCAAGCCUGGAUCUUGCAAGCCAUUGCCAGCAACAAACCUGAGACGACAGACGACGAGAAGAUGUCAUGAGCUAGAGGUAGAGAGUCGAGAUUGGAGAUUGGAGAGAAUCUCGCUGCAAGUGGAAUGUGGCCAGGCGAUGGAGUUGGUUUGCGAUGUCAUUUCUGCACUAUGAGGGGGGAUGGGUAGUUUGUGCGUAUACACCUAUUGGCUUCCGUCAAGCAUUUCGUCAUGGAAUUGACUGAGGCUUUCUAAGA